AUGCCUAUUUCUCUGGUGCCUAAUACACGCUGGUCAGACACCGUUGCAGAAGGCGAAAUGCCCUUCAAAAGAAUUCGUGCACAGGCAGCACAAAAGGCCCGUAAACGUCUCCGCGCUGCGGUAGAUUCUCCCCCAGCGGAAAAGCAACAUGAUUUAGAUGUUAACUCCGGCCAGUCGCGACAUCCUACGAUUACCUACAAAUUCUUCGGGGCAUAUGAGCCCAUUGCUACUACCGAAGGUGGAUAUAAAGAAUGGAGAAGAAGGGAAAGUCCACACAGCACUCUCUGCUAUGAAUGUUAUCAACCAGUCGACUUAGAUCCCUGUGACACGUGCACGCGGGUGUAUCAUGAGUCAUGUGAGCCCACUGGCAGCUACUGA